AUGUCCAAUAAUGAUUGGAUGUCUGUAAAAGGUUAUUCCUCCUUCACAUUUGACACACAACUAGAGUUUGAUUCUUUGAUCGUAUCUUGGAUUCUUGUGAACCGUCAGUACAGAACCCUUAGUAUAGGCUGGCAAGGCCACCAUCUAGGGCCUCCACCUGCACUCGCUCCUCCACUCGGACCCACGACAAAGAACAUCUACCUGAUGCACACCGCUGAGCCUCCUCGUGGUCCCGUGGCUACAGCAACUCCGCAGCCGCAUAGCUACGACGUCGGAUCUAGCAACCGCCACCUACUCGACCUCACGGCGGGAUUUGAUGCUCUUCACCACGACUGUGGUUUCGCUCUCCGUCCCAAAGAUCGCCACUCACAACCAUCUUAG